UUUUACUAAAACUGCGGCAGUGUGUGUUUGUUUGUGUGUAGACAGUCGUGUUUUUGACUGCUGGUGUCUCUCAGAUCUUCUGCCGGACAUGAAGGCUUCAGAAUCUGGAGAUGUUGUGGAAAUAAAGGAGGUUCCUGCGGAUCAGAUUAAGUCAUACCUGCUGGAGCUGAGACACAGAGCAGAGAAGGAACCUCUCGUUAAACCACAUCCACAUUUAUCUGAUAACUUUCUCAUCAGGUUCCUGAGAGCCAGAGACUUUGAUGUGGACCUGGCACUGAAGUUACUGAUUAAUUAUCACAAAUGGAGACAAGAGUGUCCUGAAAUAAGUGCUAAUCUUCACCCGUCCUCCAUCAUCGGCCUCCUGAGGAAUAAUUACCACGCGGUUCUCAGAUCCAGAGACUCAGCGGGAAGUCGAGUGUUGAUUUACAGAAUCGGUCAGUGGAAUCCGAAAGAGUUUUCAGCAUAUGAAGUUUUCCGUGUGAGUCUCAUCACGUCUGAACUGAUUGUUCAGGAACCUGAGACGCAGAAAAAUGGACUCAAGGCUAUUUUUGACCUUCAUGGCUGGUUUUUCUCUCACGCCUUGCAAAUCACCCCCUCACUGGCCAAAAAGAUCUCCUGCAUUCUCACGGACUCGUUUCCUUUAAAGGUGCGAGGAAUCCACUUCAUCAAUGAACCUGGGUUCUUCCGACCCGUGUACACAAUGAUCAAACCUCUUCUGCCAGAAAAAAUCAAACAGAGGAUUCAUUUCCACAGCAGCUCAUACAUGACGAGUCUCGCUCAGUUCUUCCCUCAGUCCAUCCUCCCACUGGAUCUGGGCGGCUCAGGGCCAUGUGUAGAUGAACUGUGUGAGGAAUGGACGCAGAAAAUACUGCAAGCUGAAGAUUACCUUCAGAGUCUGUGCGUGGAUUUGGAAGGCAAUUCAUCUCAGAGCUGAUGACCACACUGAUGAUGUCUCAGUCGCAUUAAUGAUGUCACCAUCACACAGAUGUUCUGACAGAACUUAAUACUUACACUAUAUAAGAAACAUAAAAAUAUAUAAAUUG